AUGGCGCGAAUGUAUAAAAGCUUUGGGGACUUGUUGCUUGCAUGUAAGCGUAGUAGGUUUGUAGAUUUCAUGAUAGAAGAUAAAACAGUACAUGGGUUAAGCCUGACUCCGGUCGGGAAAAUGUUGCGCGAUAAUUUACGCUCGGAAUGGAACCAUAUGGGUAGCAUGUCAUCUGGCACAGCCAGCAUUCCCAUAUUUAACGGUAGUAACAAUAUUAGUUUAGCGGAAAAUUUUGAUUUCGUUCACAAGCAUUAUUCGGCUAACAUACCGGUGGGUGUGUUGAUAGAACAGAACCGAACAGACCAUAACGCUGUGCUCGGUGAUACGUUUACCGUAAAUCUUCCUGUGACAGCAGAGCUCUGCGCAACCUAUCUCGUACCAUCGCAGACGGCCAAUCAAUUCAUUUAUCAACUGCAACGCCAGCGCAAGAUCUGGUGGAUGCGGUUGUCCGUCGAUCCCGGUCGGUAUUUUAUCUCCGACAUGCGACGUGAUGAGAACCGCAAGCAAACAACGGUUUCGAUAUGCACACGGUUUCUCGAACGAUCCGAGGCAGAAACGGAGUUUAAACUUGAGCAGAUAGAGCUAGAGGCUGGUGAGCUCGGUGAAGAAGUUUCACGUACCGUCUUCGUGCGGGAAGCGUAUUUAAAGGAGAAAACUUGGCCUACCAUUGUACGCGUUCGACAUAACUUGGAUCGUGCUGUACUGGCCAUUUUAAUGGACGCACUGGAGUGUGCUCCGUUAGAAAAAUGCGUUAAAAUUCAUCGCAAAAUUUCUCCGUUCAAGUGUGGCAUUGUUUGCCACGUGCAAGAUGAAAACCUGCGGCAGGAUAUGGCCGAUCUAUCGAAACACCUCGCCAACGUGCUUCGUGCAGGCAAGUUCUCCGUCCUGGAUUGUUCGUCUGACCAGCAGCAUCAACAACCGGAUACCGGGUUCCAGAAACAAAUCGAGCUCCUGGACGUUAUCGGCGUGCCGUACGCCCUCGUUGUCCAAGACCAAACGCUUCAGAAUGGUCUGUUAAAGCUUCGUUCGCGUGAUACAACGCUCUGCGAAACAAUUCACGUGUCGGAUUUACCAAAAUAUUUAUUGCAAAUAAUACACGCUUAA